CGGCAAUGCUUCUUCGUAAGAAGGACUUGUCAGAUUUAGCAGAACAAACUUCAACUUUUGUUGGAGCUGAUAUUGCUUAUAUUUUACUAUGUUCUGUUAUGAUUUUUAUUAUCACACCAGGUAUUGGAUUAUUUUAUGCUGGAAUGCUAAAAAAGAAGAAUAGGUUACAAUUGAUAUUGCAAAGUUAUUUGGUAACGUCGGUUGUCACAAUUCAGUGGUAUUUGAUGGGUUAUUCAUUAGCUUGUUCAACUACAUCAACUUCCGAACUCAUUGGAAACUUAAGAAUGGGGGGUUUAAUGAAUGUUAAUGAAGGACCAUUAAUAGAAGGUGGGAGCAUUCCUUCAAUUGUUUAUUUUUUAUUUUCAUGUUUUUUCGCUGUUGCAACGGUUCAGAUUUUUGUUGGUGCCAUUGCAGAGAGAGGUCGAUUAUUACCAUCGUUAGUCUUAUCAUUUUGCUGGGUAACUAUUGUAUACUGUCCCUUUGCUUUCUGGGUCUGGGGCACAAAUGGUUGGCUUUAUAAAAUUGGUGCAUUGGAUUUUGCUGGUGGUGGUCCUGUGCAUAUAGCCUCUGGGGUUGCCUCUUUAUCCUAUUCAUUGUUUUUGGGAAAAAGAAAAGAAUGGAAAGAUCUGGGAAACCUUCCAAAGACCAGAGACUCAUCUCCAGUUAUUACAAUGAUUGGUGUUUCGUUAAUUUGGAUGACAUGGUUGUGUUUUAAUUCAGGAACUUUACUCACUGUGAAUGUUAGAACUGGUUAUAUUAUGGCGAAUACCCAAAUAGCUGCUUCGUUUGCAUGCUUCACAUUCACUAUUAUUGAUUACAUUUUAACCGGAAAAUGGUCCAUUUUUGCGGCAUGCGAUGGUGCAAUAGCAGGAUUAGUUGCAAUUACUCCUACUUGUGGGUUUGUUACAACUUGGGGCGCUGCUAUUUCAGCUAUAGUUACUGCCACUGUUUGUCGUCUUACUUAUAAUGUUAACAAAUGGUUUGGUAUCGAUGAUGUGACCUACUCAUUCAACUUACAUGGAAUCGGUGGUAUGGUGGGUGCAAUAAUGUGUGGAUUAUUAGCUUCUCCAAAUAUUGCAGGUCUUGAUGGUGUGACAGUGAUUGAGGGUGGUUGGAUUUGGCAUAACUGGAAGCAAAUGGGUUACCAAUUUGCUUCUAUUGCAGCCAUAACUGGAUGGUCUUUUGUUUUCACAUAUGCUCUCUGUUUCGCUAUUGACAAGAUUCCAGGGUUGAAAAUGAGAGUGUCUGAAAAGGGCGAAGAAGAAGGUAUGGACUUGUUUGAGCUUGCUGAAACAUUUGACGAUUUAGUUGGGGUUGCAUCUGGAAUUAGAUACGAGUAUUAUAAUGGCGGAGAACCAUCUUCUUCAAAGGAGUCUUCGAGUUAUCUUAAAAAUGUUAAUUCUAAAGUUAACGUCAGUGAGGUUUAGAAAGAAAAACCUGUCAAUUAUUUUCUUUUUAUUAUUUAUAACAAAUGAUUUAUCUAAAAAUUAAAACAUUAUACCUGUAAUUAUAACUACAAUGAUAUAUGAGUUUGAAUUUGAGUUUGAAUUUGAGUUUGAGUUUGAAUUUG